CCCGUUUGACGCCGCGGACGGAAGCUAGCUUAGCGGCUAGCGCUCGCUUGCGUCUGACAUCAGGCGUACGUCGUCGGACUGAGAUAAAGUAGGGUUUAUGUCACAAUUAAAAGUCGUCACAUGGGAGGCAGGGCGCUGUUGUCCUGCUGGUGAGGCAACAACACGUCGAACCAUGAGUGACGACAGCGAAGGCACCUCCUCGUUAAAGAGUGACAUGCUGGACAGAAGUAAACGCAGGAAGAAGAAGGAGCUCAGCGAGGAGCAGAAACACGAAAUAAGAGAAGCCUUUGAGUUGUUUGACACGGACAAAGAUAACGAAAUCGACUACCAUGAGCUGAAGGUGUCAAUGCGGGCGCUGGGCUUGGAGGUGAAGAAGGUGGAUGUUCUGCAGAUUCUGAAGGACUACGACAGAGAAGGAAACGGCAAAAUCACCUUUGAUGACUUCAACGAAGUCGUGACGGAGCUCAUCCUGGAGCGAGACCCCAAGGAGGAGGUCAUGAAGGCCUUCAGGCUCUUUGACGACGACGAGUCGGGGAAGAUCAGCCUGAGGAACCUCAGGAGAGUGGCGAGGGAGAUUGGCGAGAACACCAGCGAAGAAGAACUACGCAACAUGAUCGACGCCUUCGACGCUGAUGGAGAUGGUGAAAUAAACCAGGAAGAGUUCCUGUCCAUCAUGAGUGACUCGCCCUGAAGAGCCUGGAUGAUGUUUGUCCAAGUCCAGCAAGCAUCAUCACGAUGUCCUCCGGGCCCACGAGAACUUGACAAGAUGACGGGAUCAUCUUCAGUGGAAACGUGGUGGUGGGUUUUUUUUCCCCCACCAGAAGACGUGAAGGUUGGAGGACUUCUGCGGUCUCACGUGGAGGGGGCACGUGAGUGUGACUGUUUUUGGGUUCAUGUAUACAUCUGUUAUUUGUUUACCAAUAAAUCACUCUGCAUACUUCCCGACAACAAACAUCUCAUUAAGAUGUCUCAAACAUGCCAUAGAAACAUACAUUUGAUAGGAAAGUACAAUAUUGCAUUUGGCCACGAGAGGGCGCCGCAGACUUGCUCCUUACGGAGAGCAUCAUUAAUAUUAAUGAUCUUAAUGAUGCUGUAUCUUGAUGAUUAAUGGUACAGUCCUACUGCAAUUCAUCACACACAAAUGUCACCUUUUUUCUUUACUUGUUAGACACACUUUAAAAGAAAUAAGCUCACCGUUUUAAUACCUGGAACAUGGAGAUUAGUACAUUGUGUACUACUGUAAAUACACACUAAAUAAACCACAGUAUGUGGUUAAAAGGUGUUAUUGUUUUCAAUAGUUUAAUAUUAAUACAUGUAAUACAGGCUGUCCCUCGGGUCUGGACACAUGCUGUAUAUGCCGUAAAUAUGUAUUAUAAUUAUGGUUAAGAAUAUAUAAUGGAAUGUAUAAUGUAAUGUAUAAAUACAAGUAUAAUAGUAUAUAUUUUGUAGAAUAAAAUAUAAAUUGUAUAUUAGUAAUUAGU